CUGAGGACCGGCUCCGCGAGCUGGCCUGUGGUGCAAGAGGAGGGGCUGGGGCCCCGCAAGCAGCACCAGGAGAAGGGGGGAGGCAGCCCCGCAGUACAGGAGCGUGGGGAGGCCCGCGCCGGGGUGCAGGAGCGGGGGGAGGGGAGCCAACGCAGGCUGCUGCAGCUGUCGGAGUUUGGGGACCGCUCUUUUGAGCUCGGGAAGGGGCUCGAAAGUUCCGGGGAGCAAGGGGACCAGUACUGGGAGAGCUGCGAGCACCUCAGACGGGAGGCUGUGGUUCUAGGAGAGGCCUCGACUCGCAGAGAGAGACUCGAGCUAGUGGGGAGGGCACGGCCUGUGGGGCCCCGGGGGCCUGAGGGGGAGGGGCGCCUGGGGGUGCAGGAAGCAAAUUGGCUGCCGGGGGUACAGGAGGGACAGGUGGUGCGGGCUGUCCAGGAAACAUACCUGGAGGGGAAGGAGUCCCAGGAGAGAAAGGGGCAUUCUGAGGGGCACAGGAUCCGGAGACGCAGGCGAAGGAGAAGGUGGUAACCCACAGACUGGCUGUACAGCAUCGGAAUCGCUUCAGGGCCAAAGUGAGCGCAAGAUGUAGGGAUGUGGGAAAUGGGGAACAGAAGACCUCUGUGAACCUGGGAGCGUUGGAAGCCAGUGUCCGCGAGCAGGCAGUGUCCUGCUGGAUCCUCUUCUGCCACCUCAGCCUGGACAUCAUCGAAGCUGUGUCUGCAGGGAGGCAGCAGAAAGCAGCAGAGGCUGGGGAGCAGCAGCAUGCAGCCGGAGGAGGGCACAGGCUGGCUGCUGGAGCUGCUGUCCGAGGUGCAGCUGCAACAGUACUUCCUGCGGCUCCGUGACGACCUCAAUGUUACUCGCCUGUCCCACUUUGAGUAUGUCAAGAAUGAGGACCUGGAGAAGAUUGGCAUGGGACGGCCUGGCCAGCGCCGGCUGUGGGAGGCUGUGAAGAGGAGAAAGGCCAUGUGCAAGCGCAAGUCCUGGAUGAGCAAGGUGUUCAGUGGAAAGCGGCUGGAGGCUGAAUUCCCCCCUCAUCACUCUCAGAGCACCUUCCGGAAGACCUCGCCCACCCCGGGGGGCCCAGCAGGGGAGGGGGCCCUGCAGAGCCUCACCUGCCUCAUUGGGGAGAAGGACCUGCACCUCUUCGAGAAGCUGGGAGAUGGCUCCUUCGGCGUGGUGCGCAGGGGCGAGUGGGACGCCCCCUCGGGAAAGACGGUGAGCGUGGCUGUGAAGUGUCUGAAGCCCGAUGUGCUGAGCCAGCCAGAGGCCAUGGACGACUUCAUCCGGGAAGUCAAUGCCAUGCACUCACUUGACCACCGAAACCUCAUUCGCCUCUAUGGUGUGGUGCUCACGCCACCCAUGAAGAUGGUGACAGAGCUGGCGCCUCUGGGAUCAUUGUUGGACCGGCUUCGCAAGCACCAGGGCCACUUCCUUCUGGGUACUCUGAGCCGCUACGCUGUUCAGGUGGCUGAGGGCAUGGGCUACCUUGAGUCCAAGCGCUUUAUUCACCGUGACCUGGCUGCCCGCAAUCUGCUGUUGGCCACUCGAGACCUGGUCAAGAUCGGGGACUUUGGGCUGAUGCGAGCACUACCCCAGAAUGACGACCACUACGUCAUGCAGGAACAUCGAAAGGUGCCCUUUGCCUGGUGUGCCCCUGAGAGCCUGAAGACACGCACCUUCUCCCAUGCCAGUGACACCUGGAUGUUUGGGGUAACAUUGUGGGAAAUGUUCACCUAUGGCCAGGAGCCGUGGAUUGGACUUAAUGGCAGUCAGAUCCUGCAUAAGAUUGAUAAGGAGGGAGAGCGUCUGCCCCGGCCUGAGGACUGCCCCCAGGACAUCUACAAUGUCAUGGUCCAGUGCUGGGCUCACAAGCCAGAGGACAGACCUACCUUUGUGGCCCUGCGGGACUUCCUGCUGGAGGCCCAGCCCACUGACAUGAGGGCCCUUCAGGACUUUGAAGAACCAGACAAGCUACACAUCCAGAUGAACGAUGUCAUCACCGUCAUCGAGGGGAGGGCUGAGAAUUACUGGUGGCGAGGGCAGAACACACGGACGCUGUGUGUGGGGCCCUUCCCUCGCAACGUGGUGACCUCCGUGGCCGGCCUGUCAGCCCAGGACAUCAGCCAGCCCCUGCAGAAUAGCUUCAUCCACACGGGGCAUGGCGACAGCGACCCCCGCCACUGCUGGGGCUUUCCUGACAAAAUCGAUGAACUGUAUCUGGGAAACCCGAUGGACCCUCCGGACCUGCUGAGCGUGGACCUGAGCGCCUCCCACCCAGCCCAACAUCUGGGAAGGGUGAAAAAACCAACCUAUGAUCCUGUGAGUGAGGACCAAGACCCCCUGUCCAGUGACUUCAAGAGGCUGGGCCUGAGGAAGCCAGGCCUGCCCCGUGGGCUGUGGCUAACAAAGCCCUCGGCCCGGGUGCCAGGCACCAAGGCAGGCCGCAGCAGCGACAGUGAGGUCACACUCAUCGACUUCGGUGAAGAGCCUGUGGUCCCUGCCCCAAGGCCCUGCGCACCCUCGCUGGCGCAGCUGGCCAUGGACGCCUGCUCCUUGCUGGACAAGACCCCGCCGCAGAGCCCCACUCAGGCACUGCCCCGGCCCCUGCACCCCACGCCUGUGGUGGACUGGGAUGCACGCCCGCUGCCCCCGCCUCCCGCCUAUGACGAUGUGGCCCAAGAUGAGGAUGACUUUGAGGUCUGCUCCAUCAACAGCACCCUGGUGGGCACCGGGGUCUCUCCUGGUCCCAACCAGGGCGAGACCAAUUAUGCCUUCGUGCCUGAGCAGGCGCGACUGCUCCCGCCCCUGGAGGACAACCUGUUCCUCCCUCCCCAGAGUGGGAGCAAGCCACCCAACUUGGCCCAGACCGAAGAGAUCUUCCAGGUGCUGCAGCAGGAGUGCAUGCAGCAACUGCAGGUCCCAGCCAGUUCUCUGGUCCCCUCACUCAGCCCAGUGGGCGAUGACAAGCCCCAAGUGCCCCCUCGGGUGCCCAUUCCCCCAAGGCCCACGCGCCCACGAGGCGAGCUGUCUCCAGCCCCUUCAGGCGAGGAAGAGAUGGCGCGGUGGCCUGGACCUGCCUCCCCUCCCCGGAUACCUCCCCGGGAGCCCCUGUCCCCUCAAGGUUCGAGGACCCCCAGCCCCCUGGUGCCACGUGGCAGCUCCCCGCUGCCAUCCCGGCUCUCAAGUUCACCUGGGAAGACCAUGCCUACCACCCAAAGCUUUGCCUCAGACCCCAAGUAUGCCACACCCCAGGUGAUCCAGGCGCCUGGCCCACGGGCUGGUCCCUGCAUCCUGCCCAUCGUCCGUGAUGGCAAGAAGGUCAGCAACACCCACUACUACCUGCUGCCUGAGCGCCCACCCUACCUGGAGCGCUACCAGCGCUUCCUGCGUGAGGCCCAGAGCCCCGAAGAGCCAGCUGCCUUGCCCGUGCCCCUGCUGCCCCCACCCAGCACCCCAGCCCCUGCUGCCCCCACUGCCACUGUCCGACCUAUGCCCCAGGCUACUCCAGACCCCAAGGCCAACUUCUCCACCAACAACAGCAACCCAGGGGCCCGGCCAGCAGCCUUGAGGGCCAGUGCUCGACUGCUACAGAGGGGAUAUCCUGGAGACGGGCCAGAGGCUGGACGGCCAGCAGAUAAGAUCCAGAUGCUGCAGGCCAUGGUGCAUGGGGUGACCACAGAGGAGUGCCAGGCGGCCCUGCAGAGCCACAGCUGGAGUGUGCAGAGGGCUGCCCAGUAUCUGAAGUGUGUCCCAUGGCACCACCCUCUGCUCUUUAGGUGGAGCAGCUCUUUGGGUUGGGUUUGCGGCCGCGAGGCGAGUGCCACAAAGUGCUGGAGAUGUUUGACUGGAACCUGGAGCAAGCCGGCUGCCACCUUCUGGGCUCCUGUGGCCCUGCACAUCACAAGCGCUGAGAUGUCUGGAGAGCCAGAGGGUCUGCCCUGAAGAACUCCGUUGAGCCUGUCCUUCUGAGGAGGGUGGAGAGAUGCCCAUCCCAGGCCUGGAGGACUUGCUGCUGCCUGCUGCUCCCAGUGGCAGAGGGAGACCAAGGCAGCAGGAGGCUGGGAGCCCUACCUUGCCUGUCCCUCCCUCACCCAGUGCUGUCCCUGCAACUUCAGUUCAGCCCUUGGUGCCCCUGGCCAAGGUGUAGGAAGGAGCCCUGUGAAAGCAGGCCUGGAAGUGGCCUCAGCAGGCCCUGCGACUGACUAGCCUCUGGCUCUACCGGGUCGGGCCUGUGGCAAGAGUGUGUCCCCAAGUCCUGCCGUGGGGAAGCGAGGCUUGACCACAAGCUGGGAGGAUGUGUUGUCCACAUGGAAAUGUGGACCAGCAAAGGGCUGGGCCCUUCUCCAGGAAGCCCCUGGUGGGCAGUUGGGGUGUUGGACAGAAUGUGACUUGUGGCUUUGCCAUGGACAUGUUACGGGACUUGGCUGGUCUUAGGAUCUUGUGCCUAGAAAUAGCCUGAGGUGGCUCAGGAAGCAGAGCAAGGGUGCCAGAUAGUUCUCUGGCAGGGACCAGGGCCCAAGGCCCCAGAGUUGGAAGGAGACCAAGGGGGCAGCUGCCCUGGAGGGACACCAGUGCUUCCUCUGACCCCACUCCUUCCCUGUGUGUUCCAUGUUUCCCCACCAACUUCUGUUGCCAAAGUUGCUUCCCCAGCUAUGGAUAUCUGCUUCUUCCAGAGAAAUAAAGUUAGUUUCUAUUUUAUGUUA